UUUCUUGGUAAACCAUGUUUUAAAAAUUAAUUUAGUAGGCAUGUUAGUCUGCUGGUUUUUCUUGCUUAUGACUGAACAAAUAGCCUAUGACAUUUCAAGCAUCUGGCAGAAGUUUGGGGUUCUGUUCUCUGCUGUAUUAUUGUUAUAUUGCUUUAAACUCAAGAGGAUUUAACGUUGAAAAAUGUCGGCUUAUCGAUUCCUAGAUGAAGGUCCUUCUUACGAGGUCCAAUUCUCAGAAGAUGAGAAUGAGGAUGUGGUUCGUGCUAUUGAUCUCUCUCUUCAAGAAUCUCAGGCAAAGGAAGUAAACAUGGGUGACAUUGAGUUUCCCCAGAUUGAUGAAGUAGAAGAACUUGCACAAGAGAUGGAAGAAAUCACAUUAUCUUCUACAGAUUUAAGCGCCAGUACUGGAGGCAUAGAGCUGGAAUGGUGGAAACAUUUCAAGGAGUUUAAUCCAUCUGACCCCACAUCAAAGGGCACUUCUUGGUGGAGAAAGAGUAGCAAGCCGUGCAAUACACUUGUUUGUGAUGUUUGUGAGGAGCAAAUUUGCUCGGCGUGGUUAAGGUGUUCCUACUGGGGCCAGACUUUCUGUCAAAAGCAUACAUCUGAUGGAACCCCUUGCUGUUGUGCCUGUUCCAGAGUUAAGAUAGGAGAUAUGAAGUUUAUCACUCUGAGUGAUGGUCGAAAACUUUGCCCUGAUUGUCGUCAUACAGCAGUGAUGGAUCCUGAAGACUGUAAGCCCCUUCUCGAUGAAGUGCACAGAUUUUUCAAAGGAUUGAACAUGAAAAUCAAAUAUUACAUUCCAAUUCUGUUAGUAGAUAACGACGAGAUUAUCAGAAUCCAUAAAAAGAGCCUACUUGGAUUGACGCUUUACGAGAAAUUUGAAUUGGACGCCGUAAAUUAUGUGACAAGGUCAACACAAAGGGGUGAAAAUAUUAAAGUGGUGAAAGAAGUAGAACAACUGCCUCCAGGACGCAAAGUGAAAGCAGUGCUGCUUUUAUAUGGCUUUCCAAAGUAAUCUUCUUCUAAACUUCUAUAUUUUCGCAUAGGCGGUCUUAUGAUGGAUUCAGUUUAGAACUCCAAUCAAUUUUCAUCAGAGUAAAUAGGAAAUAUAUCCCAUGCUCUUUAUCUAGUUAAUUAGGAUAAACAAACAAGCGAUUUCAGUUUUUAACUGUUCACUGUCUUCUUUCUAUGCAAUGAGAUAUGCUGCCCAAUUCGUUUAUCUACAAACGUUUGCAUUUUAAAAUGGAUGUGCAUUAUCGUAUUCUAAUUAAUGAACAGUCACAAAAAUCUGUUUUUGAUAAACGUAUCCUAGAAUAGUAAGUAUCACCAGCUGAAGAAAAACUGAUCUGGAGUAGUAGAGAAAUGUUAUUCGUUUUUAAGGACAAAUAUUUCUGGACCACUAACGGCCAUUUCCAGCUAUUGUUUUCACCCAAGGAUAGGUUCUUACACGCUACUCUUCCUAAAAUGUCACCAGAAUUUGACAACUAAGAAAUAUUGAAUGGCUAUCGGUGUGGGGUUUCAGAUGUUGCUGUCCAUAUUCUAUCCAUUAGUGGUCUGGUUU